AUGCUGUUGCUAUGCGCUUCUCUUCUCUCUUUAGCUUCAUGCUCAGCCUCUCUUUCGUUGCCAUCCUUCAAGCCCAUGAAACUGAGAAAGGAUCCGGAGGAGUUGCACAUCAAAGCUGGGAACAUGGUGUUCAAGUCCACACGAGUUGACGUCCAACGACUGAGAGGAGGGGGAGCAGCACAGGGAGCUCUCCCAAAGUACCCUUCGAAUAGAGCGCUCAAGCAAGAUGAGUAUGCGCCCCCAUUUGGUACCUUGCUGAGGAGCAGGAGCGGCGCUUUCUUUUCGCCUACCCCUACACCGGAAUGGUUUGAGAAUGGCAUUGUCUAUCAGAUCUAUCCCCUUGGCUCUCCAGGAGAGGAUGGCAAGGGCGGAGGAUUCUUUGGCGAGGUCCCGGCAGAAAACGAUCUCACGUCUCCACCGAAGAAGCGACUUCUAGAGCUCCGACAGUGGUAUGAUCACCUCGAAACCUUGGGCGUCACUGCGAUUUACUUCUCCCCGAUUUUCGAGUCUGAAACUCACGGGUACGACACUGUCGACUACUAUCAGAUUGACAGAAGAGUUGGCGAUAUCGAAACAUUCCGUACGAUUGUCAAAGAGCUGCAGAAACGUGGUAUCAAGGUGAUCCUGGAUGGAGUUUUCAACCACACCGGCAGGAAGUUCUUUGCGUUUAAAGAUCUCUUGAAGCAUGGUGCAGAUUGGAUGAAAAGUCCUUACAAAGAGUGGUACUUUAUUUCCGAAGGAAACAGCACUUACGGUGAUCCUUUCUCGUACCGUUCUUGGGAGGGGCACGAGGAGCUUCCUGAGCUCAACGUGGAAAACUCAGAGGUUCGAGAUUACCUCUUUGAAGUCGGAAAGUUUUGGCUCGGUGAGGUUGGGAUUGAUGGAUGGCGACUAGAUGUCGCUCAUGAACUUCCUCCUUCAUUCUGGAGAGAUUUCCGUUCCGCUUGCACUGAAGCUAACCCUGAGCACGUUCUAUUGGGUGAAGUAAUACACGGUGAUUACAACACAUGGGUGGGCCCUGCCAAGGGUCUGCUGCACUCGGGGACGAACUACCAGCUUUCCAAGGCGCUUUGGUCGUCGCUGAAGGAUCACAACUUCUGGGAAAUUGAUUCCGCCUUCAGCCGAGAUAGGAUGCUGUACCGCGAGAUGUCUCUGGUGAACUUUCUGUCAAAUCACGACGUUGCUCGGGUUGCCACACAAUUGGAGAACGAGCCUCAGUUGCUUCCUCUCGCUUAUUUCCUUCUCAUGACCGUCAGAGGCAUCCCCUGCAUCUACUAUGGCGACGAAUGUGGUGUAAAAGGCAGGAAGGAGGAUGGAGAUGCAGCAUUGCGUAUGGCGAUGGUGAAGCCUGAUGAUGAAUGGCCAGCUGGAGGUCGAGAACUCUUCAAUGGCAUCGCCCAUCUGGUGCAGUUUCGUAACAAGCAUGAGGCGUUGAAGACCGGAUCGCUCCAAACUCUCUUUCACUCCAACAAUGAGCUCUUGUUCGCAAGGAUUUCCGACACAACGGGAGAGGUCCUCUUAGUCGCAGUGAACUCUUCUCCCGAGCAUGUUCAUCCUGAGGUUUCUCUCGGCGUACUCAGCAAACCUCCUGGAACUCCCAUCAAGUGUCUCUGGGGCGAUGGGGCAGAUGCUGGAGCCAUCAACGAAGAGUACAAGGCUCGAAUCCACAUCCCACCCUACACUGGGCGCGUGUUUACUUUGACUCCUGAGCCAAUGCCGGCUGAGACCCAGACAACAGAAACCUGAUGAUUAAGUGUGGAAUUAUUAAUGAAUCCAAGGGGUAGCGC